CCAGGGCAAGAACCCAUGGUGGGCGCGGAGGACCGUCCGGGGCGGGGCGGAGCUGGGCUCUCAGGUGACCGGCCCGCUGGCUCCCGCCCCGCCCGCCGCAGCUUCAGAAGGUCGGGCACGCCUGUCGGAGCGCAGCCUCAGCCGUCGGUGCCCCGGAGCCGGUCGCGUGCCAUGGCAGCGCCUCGCAGCCUCCUCCUGCUCCUGCUGCAGGUGCUCGGACUCGCCCUAGCGCAGAUCAGAGGUCCACCCGGAGAGCCAGGACCCCCGGGCCCCCCAGGGCCACCAGGAGUGCCUGGUUCGGACGGUAUCGACGGUGACAAAGGCCCAACAGGGAAAGCUGGCCCUCCGGGCUCCAAAGGAGAUCCAGGCAAACCCGGGCCAGAUGGGCCGGAUGGGAAGCCUGGCAUCGAUGGUUUAACAGGAGCCAAAGGAGAGCCUGGUCCCAUGGGGACCCCUGGAGUCAAGGGACAGCCCGGACUCCCAGGUCCCCCUGGCCUGCCGGGACCUGGUUUCGCUGGACCUCCUGGACCACCUGGACCUGUUGGCCUCCCUGGUGAGAUUGGAGUCACAGGCCCCAAGGGGGACCCAGGACCAGAGGGACCAUCAGGACCUCCAGGACCCCCUGGGAAACCAGGCCGCCCAGGAACCAUCCAGGGUCUGGAAGGCAGUGCAGACUUCCUGUGUCCAACCAACUGUCCAGCGGGUGUGAAAGGCCCCCAGGGGCUGCAGGGAGUGAAGGGACAUCCGGGCAAACAUGGGGUUCUGGGUGAUCCUGGCCGCCAAGGGAAGCCGGGCCCCAAGGGAGAUAUAGGUGCCUCUGGAGAACAAGGAAUCCCUGGACCACCGGGUCCCCAAGGCAUCAGGGGCUACCCAGGCAUGGCAGGACCGAAAGGAGAGAUGGGUCCUCGUGGGUAUAAAGGCAUGGUGGGUUCUAUUGGUGCUGCUGGGCCACCGGGAGAAGAAGGCCCAAGGGGUCCACCAGGCCGAGCUGGGCAGAAGGGUGAUGUGGGCAGCCAAGGUGUCCCAGGACCCCAGGGGAUAACAGGCCCAAAGGGUGCAACGGGUCCUCCAGGGAUUGACGGAAAGGAUGGGACCCCAGGCACACCUGGCGUGAAGGGCAGCUCUGGACAGGCAGGGCGGCCUGGGAACCCAGGCCAUCAAGGCUUAGCGGGUGUGCCAGGCCAACCUGGGACAAAAGGUGGUCCUGGAGACAAGGGUGAGCCAGGCCAGCAGGGCCUCCCUGGAUUCUCUGGUCCCCCUGGGAAGGAGGGGGAUCCAGGCCCUCAAGGAGAAAUUGGUCCCCGUGGCAUCUUGGGGCAGAAGGGUGAUCAGGGUGAGAGGGGGCCAGUGGGACAGCCAGGCCCUCAAGGACGUCAGGGUCCCAAGGGGGAACAGGGCCCCCCUGGAGUUCCAGGACCUCAAGGCUUGCCAGGCAUCAAAGGAGAUAAGGGCUCCCCAGGGAAGACCGGGCCCCGCGGCGGAGUGGGAGACCCGGGGGUGGCCGGCCUCCCGGGAGAGAAAGGAGAGAAGGGCGAAUCUGGCGAGCCUGGGCCCAAGGGACAGCAAGGAAUUCGCGGAGAGCCAGGCUACCCUGGUCCCAGCGGGGAUGCGGGUGCCCCAGGAGUGCAGGGCUACCCUGGGCUUCCCGGCCCGCGAGGACUGGCUGGAGACCGAGGCGUGCCAGGAUUACCUGGAAGGCAGGGUGUGGCGGGCCGAGAUGCUAGUGACCAGCACAUCGUGGACGUGGUGCUAAAGAUGCUGCAAGAGAAACUGGCAGAGGUGGCUGUGAGUUCCAAGCGGGAAGCCCUGGGUGCAGCUGGGAUGGUGGGUCCCCCAGGACCUCCUGGGCCCCCUGGAUACCCAGGCAAGCAGGGACCUCAUGGACACCCUGGACCUCGGGGCAUUCCUGGCAUUGUGGGAGCUGUGGGUCAGAUUGGCAACACAGGACCCAAGGGAAAGCGUGGAGAGAAGGGUGACCGAGGAGAAAUGGGACGUGGGCAUCCUGGGAUGCCAGGGCCUCCAGGGAUCCCAGGUCUCCCUGGCCGGCCUGGUCAGGCAAUCAAUGGCAAGGAUGGAGACCGAGGGUCCCCAGGAGCUCCAGGAGAGGCCGGCCGACCUGGCCUGCCAGGCCCAGUGGGGCUGCCUGGCUUUUGUGAGCCUGCAGCCUGCCUUGGAGCUUCGGCCUAUGCCUCUGCCCGCCUCACAGAGCCUGGGUCUAUCAAGGGGCCAUGAGCAGCCAGCCAGGAGAGAGCCCACUAGCAUCCUGGGUCCUCUCUGGAUAGACAUGCACCCUAGUCCAGGAGGCCAGCUUUCUCAGGAUUUUCUGUCUAGAACUCAGGGGUCCUGAGAAUGAGGAGUUCAGCAUGUGGGAGGGCAUUAGUGUGAAAGGUGAGGCCUAUAGGGCAAGUGUUGCUGGAGAGUCCAAGCUCCAAAGGGAAGAAGUUGGCUUUUCUUCCCAGGGCCCCACCUGGGCAUGACUGACUGUCCUCUUCGUCUGCCCAAUUCUCCAUCAGCCAUCCUAUGCCUGGGGCAGUUGGACUGAGGUCUCUGCCUCUGCCUGUAUUGAGCCCAUUCUCCCUCUCUGGACUUGUUGGGUAUUUGUUGAGGGUGAGGUGGCAAUCCUUAGGCCAGCCCCACUACCACCUUCCCGUCUCCUGAGUAUUUAAGCACCCAUCUGAUUGCUUCUGGUAUUGCUAUCUCCCACUUCCUGCUCCCCAGACCCACCCUGACCUUUGUGUAAAUAAAAGCUCCCAAUUUAGGUAUGGACUAA